UGAAAAAUAAAUGACUGAAAAGUUACAUGCUAUUUACUGCAGGAAUAUUUGUACACUUGUGAACUUGGUGUAUAUCGAUUAUGGCCUAAAGGUGAACGAAUUUGGUGUUGCGAUAUUUAUUGAGGCCAUUCUGUGUUAAAGCUAAUAGUCAAAAUGAUCACCGACACAGGAAAUAUUAGAAAACUUGCAGAAGAUUUAGAAAAGCAAGAAUUGGAUGCUCCUGGUGGCAUUCCAACAUCACAAGUAUAUGCUCAACUUCUGGCCGUAUACUUGUACCAAAACGACUUAUGCAAUGCAAAGUAUCUCUGGAAACGAAUUCCGCAAAAUGUGAAGAAUUCACAUGCUGAACUGGCCUGCAUAUGGAAAGUGGGACAAAAAAUGUGGCAGCGAGAUUUUCCGGGAGUCUAUACAGCCCUUACUGUUGACUGGUCAGAGAAUGUAGGAUACAUUAUGCAAGCUCUUCUGGAAAAUGUCCGCAAGCGUGCUGUAUAUCUAGUUUCCCAUGCAUACUCAUCAAUCAGUAUGGAUGACCUUGCCACAUUUGUUGGGAUGCCAGUCGAGCAAGCUGUUUUAGCAGCAACAGAGCAGGGCUGGAAAGUGGAUGCAGGCUCUCACAUGGUGAAACCCUGCAGACCUAGUAGCAGUCCAAAUCAGGGAGCCUCCAGUGAGGAUCAGCUCUACAAGCUCACUGAGUUCGUAUCUUUCCUUGAGAACUAAAGUAUUGCUAUCCUGGAUAUCUGCAUGUGCAGACUUGACAUUCAAUAAUUGAAUGGAUGCGAAGAUAUCAUUUAAUAUUUUAUUUUAAAAUUUAGAUUUUUUGUGAGGUUCAUGUUAAAGCUUGUUAUCAGAAUGAGCUCUGAAUAGAGCUGUGAGCAGAAAGUAUACCGGUAUAAUAAACGAUUUCAUGUAGUGCUAGCAGUGUUGUGAUAUAAUUUAUUUUAGCCCUGAAGAUUGAUAAACUUUUUUCAGUCAUGUCAAAGAAUUUAUUUCUUCACAUUUUUCAGGUUUGUGAUAGAAAAUUUUGUUAAUCCAAUUAAUUCUAUGGUUAGGUUCUUGUAAGCUGUCACAUUAUAUGAAAUGACAUUAAGUGGAUGAGUUCGUAUCCUAAGAAACUUAAAAAGUAAGUAGGUUAUGUUCCUCAGCCUUUCAUCACCCUGAUAACAUCCGUUACAAUAUAGACAUUAUCGAUGUGCCUGUAAAUACUUCUGUAUCCUUGGAUAUAAAUACAUGCAAUUAUAAAUGCCAGUGAUGUUUA